AUAUAUUACCACAGUUUACCUCUAACCCAAGAAAAAAAGUUAAAGCAAAUAGAAAUGGCUAGUACUGCUCUUCAGUAUAAGGAGUUCCGGCCAAAGACUGAAUGGAAAGAAGAUCAGGCUGCUGGUUAUCUGCUCGUACAUGUUCCUGAUUUUCAGAGGGAUCAUAUAAAGGUUUUGAGGAGAAAGAAACUUAUGAAUGUCAAUGAAUCGAUGAAUUUUAUUCAAGCUUUUGGAGAGCGACCCACCAAAUGGAACAGAUUCAAACUAACAGUUGCUAAAGUUCUUGGAAAGCCACCUACCUAACGGACCAGAUUCAAAGUAACAGUUUCUGUUCCAAAAGCUUGCGACUUAGAUGGAACCUCUUUCUUUCUCAGAGGUGGAAUUCUAUACCUUAGAUUUCCAAAACUAUUGAGUGGGACGAAAAUGGUACUGCCAAAAAUUAUUGAUUGGGAUUUCCCGCCUCAGUUGGAGUGGACAGUAGACCAAGCUGGUGGUUCUUUGCUUAUACACGUUGCUGAUUUCCAGAAAGAUCGUAUCAAGGUCAAGGUUGAUAAUGAGUCUAUGAAUGUUUUAGUUUUUGGAGAGCAACCAACCAAACAGAUUAGAUUCAAACUAACAGCUUAUAUUCCAAAAACUUGCAACUCCAAUGGAGUUUCUGCCAUUCUCUGUGGUGGAAUUCUUUACAUUAGAUUUCUGAACCUCGUAGAUGAGAAGACAAUGGUAAUGCCCGAAAUGGUUGAUGUUGAGUUCCGUCCUCAGUGUAAGUGGAGAGUAGACCAAGCUGACAGUAAUGUGCUUAUACAUGUUCCUGGAAGUAUGUAUCAUAUGGGGAUUUACAUGGCAAAGGAGAAGGGAGCCAUAAUAGCAAGUGAGGUGUCAUCGGGUGCAGAAAAGAAGCCAUGAAAGAUGAAUCCAUAAACUAUCUAUCUAUCUGUAUCAAUAAUAAGUAUGGUUUGGAAUUUUAGGAUAUAUCUACCUAUACCAUAAGUGUAUUUAUAUGCCUCUAUAUAUAUAUAUAUAUUUGACAA